CACAUUUUUAUAUAUUUUUUCCCUGCAAAUUAUUUUUUAGAUCUCAGGGUUUCCAGAAGAAAAGAUCAAGGAGGAAUUAUCAAGAAUAGAUUCUUUUUCUAAAUGGCCACAACCUUGGCCCUUCAGACUGCAGAGAUGCAGGAGGGACCUCUGACAGUGAAGGUAAAGGAAGAAGAAGAGGGCCAUUCAUGUGGGCCAGAAUCAGGCCUGUCAAGAAAUAACUCUUAUACCACAGAGAUCUUUCGUAGGCGCUUCAGGCAGUUCUGUUAUCAAGAGACGCCUGGGCCCCGGGAGGCUCUUCGAAGACUCCGAGAGCUCUGCCAUCAGUGGCUGAGACCAGAGAUGCACAGCAAGGAGCAGAUCCUGGAGCUCCUGGUGCUAGAGCAGUUCCUGACCAUCUUGCCUGAGGAGCUCCAGGCCUGGGUGAGAGAGCACCGCCCUGUGAGUGGAGAGGAGGCAGUGACUGUGCUGGAGGAUUUGGAGCGAGAGCUGGAUGAGCCAGGAGAACAGGGCCUGACCAAUGCUCAUGAGCAAGAAGAGUUCCUAAAGGAAAAAGCAACUCUAGGAGCAGCGCAGGAGUCUUCAAGUGGCCAGUUCCAAACCUUGGAAGAGCAGCUUCCAUGUAAUUUGCAAGAGGUGUGCCCGGUUCAGGAGAUUGAUGGUGAGGCUAGGACUUGGAAUGUGGAGUUAGUCCCCAAAAGGGAGAUUUCUAAGGAAAUAAAAUCUCUUGUACAAGUUUCUGGAAAACUGAAUGGUGAUAUUACUCAGAUGCCUGAUUGUGGAGACACCUGUGACUGUGAGGGCAGAUUGGAAAGGCAACGGGGAAGCGCUUCAGCAGACAGACCCUAUAUCUGUGGCGAAUGUGGAAAAAGCUUCACCCAGAAUUCUAUCCUUAUCGAGCACCAGAGAACGCACACGGGUGAGAAGCCCUAUGAAUGUGAUGAGUGUGGGAGAGCCUUCAGCCAGCGGUCAGGCUUAUUCCAGCACCAGAGACUCCACACUGGGGAGAAGCGCUACCAGUGCAGCGUUUGUGGCAAAGCCUUUAGCCAGAACGCUGGGCUUUUCCAUCACCUCAGAAUCCACACUGGGGAAAAACCUUAUCAGUGUAAUCAGUGCAAUAAGAGUUUUAGUCGACGUUCCGUCCUCAUUAAACAUCACAAAAUUCACACUGGAGAGAGACCUUAUGAAUGUGAAGAAUGUGGCAAGAACUUCGUUUACCAUUGCAACCUCAUCCAGCAUCGGAAAGUCCACCCUGUGGCUGAAUUGAGCUAACACCUUGGAACAGAGUUUCUUUACCUUCAAAUCAUUGCCUUGAUCACCUAUAGUCUGGAGUUGAUCUCUGUUAACAAUGGAUGUGUUAUGUCUUAGCAUCAGCCUAAAGCACACCUACUACUGUAGUGAGCCAGUCUUCUGAGCUGUUUCACCCAGGAAUGGAUUCAGUCCAGCCCUUCUGGGCUGCUGAAGAACCAAAGAAAUGUCAAAUAGUUAAAAGAAUCUAGUCUGCACAGAAAGGGAGAUUCUGGCCAGGAGUUCUUUAGACAAAACUUCAGGCAGUUCUGCUGUGGUUAGUCACUUGGGCCUCAGAAGUCCAGCUCCAGGUUCUUUGCUGUCAGUGGCUGAGACCAGAGAUACACAGCAUCCUUGCUUGGAAUUACUGAUACUGGAACAGUUCCUGCUCAUCCUACUCAAGAACUCAAAGCCCGGGUACAGGCGUAGCUGGAGGUAUAGGAAGGAGGCUCUCACUGUACUGAAGAACUUGUGGAGGAAGCUGGAUGAUCCAGGAGGAAAGAUGAUUUAAUCAAAAUGGAGAAGAAGAAAGUGUUUCCAGAGCAGAAGAAAUCUGAAGAAAUAACAAACCAACAGGAAAACUCUGUCAGAUUUGAAGGCAGUAUUCCUCAGAACUUUGAUUGUGUAGAAGUCCAAAUGUAUAAGAGAGGACUAAGAAAAUAUCCAGAAAAUACCACAGUGCUGAAUGUGGAAUGACUUUCACUCAGAAUUCUGUUCUUAGCAUCAAAGAUUCACCCUGGUGAGAAAUUCUAUGAAUAUAAUAAGUAUGGAAAAGCCUUUACUCAAGCACAGGCUUCAUGAAAAUAAGAGAAUUUGCACUGGAGUUAGACGCACAAAUGUGAAGAAUACAUGGGAAAGGUUUAAGUGCAAACACUGGACUCAUUCCUCAUAAGAGAAUCCAUACUGGAGACAGACCACGUUUAUAUCUAACAAGUGCGACAAAGCCUUUGAUCAGUGGUCAGCCCUUAACCAGCACCAGACUCUUCACAGCAGAGAGAAAUGUUACCAAUUUAACAAGUAUGGUAAAGCUUAUAGUCAAAACACAAAGCUUUUUCAUCAUACCCGCAUUGGAGAGAAACCCUUUCAUUGUAAUCAGUGUAGCAGAAUUUUUCUCUUAACUUUUGUUCUUUAUUAAACACCAGAGAAUUCACUCAGAA